CUGUUUAAGAUGGCGGCAGUGAGGGCGCUGAGGAGCUGCUCGCGGACUGCGGGGCGCCUGAUCUGUGUUCACCAUAUUAGAUCGUGUAGCAGUGUUGGCUUUAUAAAGUCCAAAUACAUGAGCAUAUUUGACAAAUCUGCAUUCAAGUUUAGUCAUCAACACAGAUUGUUCAGAACAUCUGCUAUUUCAAAUGGCCAAAUUGUCCAGUUUAAGCUCUCUGAUAUUGGAGAAGGAAUUACAGAGGUGACUGUGAAAGAAUGGUAUGUAAAAGAAGGUGAUAGUGUGUCUCAGUUUGAUAGCAUCUGUGAAGUACAAAGUGAUAAAGCUUCUGUCACUAUCACUAGUCGUUAUGAUGGCAUCAUUAGAAAACUCCAUUAUAAUCUAGAUGAAAUUGCUUAUGUUGGAAAACCAUUAGUGGACAUAGAAACUGAUGCUCUGAAAGAUGUAGCCUCAGAAGAGGAUGUUGUUGAGACACCUGCUGUGUCUCAUGAAGAACAUACACACCAAGAGAUAAAAGGCCACAAAACACUGGCAACCCCUGCUGUCCGUCGCCUUGCCAUGGAAAACAAUAUUAAACUGAGUGAAGUUGUUGGAACAGGGAAAGAUAACCGCAUCCUUAAAGAAGAUAUUCUCAAUUAUUUGGCCAAGCAGACGGGAGCUAUUUUACCUCCAUCACCAAAACCUGAAAUUAUCCCACCAUUACCAAAAUCGGAGACUGCGCCAGCUGCUCCAAAGGACAAAGGAACUAAAAUUCCUAUACCCAUUUCCAAGCCCAUCGUGUUUGCAGGGAAAGAUAAAACUGAGGCUGUGACAGGCUUUCACAAGGCAAUGGUAAAGACCAUGACUGCUGCAUUGAAGAUUCCUCACUUUGGUUAUUGUGAUGAGAUUGACUUAACUCAGCUCGUUCAAUUGAGAGAAGAAUUGAAACCUCUAGCACAAGUUCGUGGAGUUAAACUCUCCUUUAUGCCUUUCUUCAUAAAGGCAGCUUCUCUGGGAUUAUUGCAUUAUCCUAUUCUUAAUGCAUCUGUGGAUGAAAACUGUCAAAAUAUCACAUACAAGGCUUCUCACAACAUUGGAGUUGCUAUGGACACAGAACAAGGCUUGAUUGUCCCUAACGUGAAAAAUGUUCAGGUCUGUAGCGUGUUUGAGAUUGCUUCUGAAUUAAAUCGCCUUCUGACCUUGGGCUCUACAGGCCAGUUGGGAACAAAUGACCUCACUGGGGGAACAUUCACUCUCUCCAAUAUUGGCACAAUUGGUGGUACCUAUGCCAAACCAGUGAUACUACCUCCUGAAGUAGCUAUUGGUGCUCUUGGAAAGAUACAGGUUCUUCCCCGAUUUAAUGGUAAUGGGGAAGUAUUUAAAGCACAGAUAAUGAAUGUGAGCUGGUCAGCUGAUCAUAGAAUUAUUGAUGGAGCUACAAUGGCCCGUUUUUCUAACUUGUGGAAAUCCUAUUUGGAGAACCCUGCUUCCAUGCUGCUAGAUCUUAAAUAAAGAACACUAAUGCCAGAACACAUCCUUAAACUUCAGGGGAAUAAACUCGAUAAUUAUAAAAGCUAGCUAUGCUAGCAUAUGUCCGUUUUCUUAUUAUAUAAUUAUAUUAUAUGGUUGAAAGGUCUCAAGAGCCUAUGUCAGUCUAUUGAUAACCUGUUCCAUUCUUUUCAAUUAAAAUGAGUAGUUCUGUAGUUUAUUCUAUGGGAGGCUGUCAUACUUAAUAGGUCAUGGUGUGACUUCUAAAUGUGAUGGGGGGAAGUAUUUAGUGCCUGACUGUGAUAAUAUGUGCUGACUGCCACUAAGCUGACAUUACUGAAAGACAGAUAUCUACAUGUCUGCAGUACUUUUAAACUGCUUAUUCUGGAUAGAAGGGAAGUUACGUCGCAAUUAUUCCUGGUUGAAAACAGGAAUUUAUUUUAACAAAUCUAAUGGAAUAUUUCCAAGUUCCUGAAAGAAAUUAU